UAAAAGUUAUCAUCUGAAAACAAAGAUGUGGUGGAGUCUGAUUCUGCUCUUUCUGAUGGGUCAGAGUUGUUUCAUCAACUGUCAGCUCUAUGAGUAUCACUACAUUAAUGAGCUAAAGACCUGGACUGAAGCUCAGCAGUACUGCAGAGAGAAACACACUGACCUGGCCACAGUGUCCAACAUGACAGACAUGAAGAGACUCCUCAGUACCAGAGCGGGAGAUAACAGGGAUGCUUGGAUUGGUCUGUAUGAUCAGACAGAUGGUAUCAGAACAUGGUACUGGUCUCUGCCUGGAGUGGAGUUCAAUGAAAGGGAGACAAACUGGAACCAAGGAGAACCAAAUGAUUAUGGAAACGUUCCUGAGAACUGUGGGGCUCUUUUAAAAACUAAUAGAAUCCAGAAAUACCACUUGAUUAAAGAGAGGAAGACCUGGCAGGAAGCUCAGAGUUACUGCAGAGAGAAACACACAGACCUGAUCAGUGGAAUGAAGCAGCUACAGGAUGGAGAACUGAAGGAAGUGAUGAAGGGUCGAUGUGCCAUGACUGUAUUUGAUGAUGAAGGCAGAUGGAGGACUGACAGAUGUGAUCGGAAAAAACCCUUCAUCUGUUAUGAUGAUAAAGUGAUCCUGAUCAAUGAAAAUAAAACCUGGGAGGAUGCCUUAUACUACUGCAGAGAUCACUACCAUGACCUGGUCACCAUCACCAGCCUGGAUGAGCAGAGAUGGAUCCAGGAGAAAGCCAAGAAGGCCUCGACUGAUUAUGUCUGGAUGGGACUGCGCUACAACUGCUUGAUGAAGGCCUGGUUCUGGGUCUGUAAGGAGAACUGGGGCAGCAAUCAGAGCCCGGCCUCAGAAAGAUGGAAGAAUGACUGUGACAUGUCUGGAGCCAUGGAUGCAGGAGGACAACAUAAGUGGUUCCAGAGAAAUCCCUCAGAGGAACUGAAUUUCAUUUGUUCUAAAAAUUAAAGCUCAUUCUGCUGUUUUGUGACAGUUUUAAUUUUCCUCACAUUCAGUUAUUUUUUGUUUUUUUAUUGUUACUUAUUUUUCUUGGGGUGGGGGGUCUCAGGCAGGAAGCUUUACAAAUAAAAGUAUAAUUAAAAGCCUUAUAGUAGAAACUGUAUUGGUGGCUGGGGGGAAAAAAAUGCUUCUAGAAGUAAUUAGAACUGCAAUUACUGAUCUGAAGAUUAUGUAGUCAAUCUGUAUUUUCUGUGUAAAUGAUAAUAGUUUAGUAUUCUUAAACUAAA